AUGGCAGCGGAUUUCUGGGCUGGGUACCUCAGUGGCGCUCUUGGAAUCGUUAUCGGAAAUCCUUUAGAUGUGGUCAAAGUUCGGCUGCAGGCAGGCAAUGCAGGGUAUACCCCUCCAUCCCACCUAAACCGAUUGGAGAAGGCGAGUUCACUGGUCCGAGGUGCCGCGGCUCCAAUACUGGGAUAUGGUGCCCUCAAUGCAAUUCUCUUUGUGGCCUACAAUCGGUCAUUGAGAGUAUUGGACCCUUCCGUUGUGGACCCUACUAACCCGGGAGGAACAUCUUUUUAUAAGAUUUGGGUUGCUGGUGCCGCGGGCGGACUUGCUAGCUGGACUGUUUCUGCUCCAACCGAGUUUAUUAAGUGUCGAGCGCAGCUAGAUCCUCGUCCGCAGACCUCUUCAUGGUCCGUUGCCAAGGAUAUAUAUCAUAACCGAGGUUGGCGGGGACUAUAUUUUGGAGGAGGGAUUACCAGCGCCAGAGACGCGAUUGGCUAUGGAUUCUAUUUCUGGUCUUAUGAGCUUUGCAAACGAAUGAUGACUACGGAAAACGAAACUUCUCAUCAGGCUACUUUGAAAGUCCUUUUAUGCGGUGGCAUUGCAGGCAUUGUCACCUGGGGUUCUGUCUUCCCAUUGGACAUGGUUAAGACUAGACUACAAGCGCAGACGAUGCAUGACACCCGCGGUGUGCAUGGACUCUCGGGACCGAAUGCAGAGGGCCAGCCACUUUUACGACCACGCCAACCAUUGAACACUCUUCAAAUUGCCCAAGAGACCUAUCGAGCAGAAGGCUUGAAAGCAUUUUAUCGAGGAUUAGGAGUUUGUAGUAUUCGAGCAUUUAUUGUGAAUGCCGUUCAGGUAUGUGAUACAUAUCUCCUCCCAUUCAACUUUAUCGAGCGUCGACAGCUCUGA